AUGGCAGAUUACACUAAGUUUUUUGAUCCUCUUUCCUUAAUCUUACAACAUGAGGGCCUAGAUGAAAAAAAUGAAGAAAAUGAGAUAAUCCAUGAUGGUUCAGAUCAUUCAAGUCAACCUUCAACUUCACAAAAUAAGACUUCAUUACCAGAAAUAGACCAGACUAUUUGUCAAGCAUGCCAUAUUAACAAGUGGAAAUAUAAAUGUCCAAAAUGUGAAUUUCAUUCGUGCUCUUUACCAUGUUCAAAACUACAUAAAGAAACAUACGAUUGUGAUGGCAUAAGAUCAAAAACUACUUAUAUACCAAUGGAUGAAUAUGGAAUGGAGAGACAACGGCCAGGAGACUGGAUAUGUAAAAGUUGUGGUGUCAAUAAUUUUUCAUAUCGAACAGAAUGUUUUGAAUGUGGCGAGAAAGUUCAAAACCGAGAAGUAGCUCCUGGUGAUUGGAUUUGUCCGAAAUGUGAAUUCUAUAACUUCCAAAGUCGGUUGGCUUGUUUCAAAUGUCACUCACCGGCUCCAAACUUUGAACAAAAUCCUACUAAGGAACAUCAGGAAAAUUGA